AUGGCCCGGCGGAUUCUGUCCUGCUGGGGGAACGGCUCCCCUGGCCAACCGCGAACUCCAAAGCAUGAACCUGACGACCAACCAACGUCUCCCAUCUACCGGAUUCCAUACAGACCUGUAUCAGGUCCUCCACGCGAAUCAUCUCAAACCUCGCCACCUGCCAACUCAGCUGGCAUCAAACGGGAGCGGUCCGGACAACCCAGGACACCUGCCCGUAAUCAACGUUUCCAAAGCUCGGACUGGUCUAGUUCCGACGACGAACUGGACAGCAGUUCCUCAUCCAGUGACAGCGACUCAGAUGACAGCUCAUGCGAGGGCAAGCAUGGCUGGCGAGGCGCUGUCCCUGCAUACGUUUUGCCCCAAAACCACCGGUUCCAGGAUAUCAGACCGGAACUGGUACAAUCCAUCCUAGAUUCUCUGGAACGCUGGAUGAAAACCACUCGAUACGUUUCGCCACCUGACGACAGGUUGCCUCCCCGGAAACGACUCCGGACAUCACAUUGGCAGGAGGGUGAAGACAGCGACGACGGGUUCGUGGUUGUCGACCCCCCGACUGGGUACUUCCACCUGGCCUGCCCACUCUACGUUGCCAACCCGGCUAAAUAUCAGGACUGCUUGCUUCAUCAUGACCUGCAGUCCAACGAAGACGUUAUCCGCCAUAUUUGGCGCAACCACAUGAAGCCACCAUACUGUCCUAUCUGUUCCCGGACUUUUGAUAGUCUAUCCAGCAGGGACUCUCACAUCUUGGAGAGGAAGUGUGAGCUUCGUGACCUACAGCCUAUCGAUGGCAUCAACUUCUACCAAAAGUCCAAAUUGAAACGACGAGACAGGGUCUAUCUCGGUGAGGCAAAGCGCUGGAGACGCAUCUACGCCACCGUGUUUCCCACCUCGGACCGUUCUCCUUCUCCGUACCUAGAUAAAGGAUGUGGAAAAGCAGUUUCCAUGGCCCGAGAUUACUGGGCGUCAAAGGGCCAGCGUAGCGUCUCUAGAUUCCUGGAGAGCCGCAAGUUGCUUGGGGAGGAUGAGGAUGAGGAGGAUGCGCAAGACGCAUUGUGCAAGCUGGUAUUGGAGGAUGUGCUCCGGGAAAUAGUUAGACGGUAUGGGCGUUAG